GAACUCCCCUCCUUUCUUUUCCUUCAUGUGGCUGGUUUAGAAAUAGUUUGCCUAUUUUUCCAAGAUGCAAAUUUUCGUCAAAACCUUGACGGGAAAGACCAUUACUUUGGAGGUUGAACCCAGUGAUACUAUAGAAAAUGUGAAAACUAAAAUUCAAGACAAAGAAGGUAUUCCUCCUGAUCAGCAAAGAUUGAUCUUCGCUGGUAAACAGUUAGAAGAUGGUAGAACUUUGAGUGAUUAUAACAUUCAAAAAGAGUCAACUCUCCAUCUUGUUCUUCGACUCCGUGGUGGAGGCAAAAAACGAAAAAAGAAGACUUACACAACACCAAAGAAGAACAAGCACAAAAAGAAAAAGGUAAAACUUGCUGUGCUCAAGUAUUACAAAGUAGAUGAAAAUGGCAAGAUCACUCGUUUAAGACGAGAAUGUCAAUCAGAAUCCUGUGGUGCUGGUGUUUUCAUGGCUAGCCACUUUGAUCGUCAAUACUGUGGAAAAUGUCACCUCACAUAUGUUUUCAAUAAGCCCAGUGAAGGCAAAUAGAUGCAUUUGAUGUGAAAUAAAUCUAAAAAAAAAUCAUUUUUCAUUUG